ACAUGCGCACUUAAUUCAGCAGAGUAGCGCUUGAGUCUGUACCAUGGAUGUAUACUGUUAGCAUGGCAGAUAUACCGGGAGCUGCUUCAAAAUAUUCUUGUCUCGCCGAGUUUGAAGCGCAUCUGCAUUCUUACGAGGAGAAAACCAAGACUAAAUUUGUUGUUUUAAAGAGCGACAAAUUGUUUGGAAAAACUGAAUUGAGUGUAACGGGGAAGGCUGUCCAUUGGCAGCUGAAGACAGUUGCAUUUGAUGGCACGCCCUUUGUUGUGCUUGGCACAAAAACGUUUAUAUGCCACCAGGGGCGAGAUAAACAUGCCGCAGAUAAAAGGAAGCGAGAAGAGAAAAUGGCAAAGCAUCACAAAGAAGACCAUGUGUUUGCGGAGACCAGAAUGCAGACAACAAAAAAAACUGGUUGUCCUGCAGCCAUAUAUGCAGUGCAUAUAUGUAGAUUUCCUGAUUAUAAGAUAAACGAGGACACCCCAUAUCAGAGGCGAGAAAAAUCGGCAGCUGUGAGAAAAGCGCUAAAAGGAGACCCGUCACAUGUGGGAACAGAGCAGAUGUUCACUGCUUAUUUCCCACAUGUGACGGAGCAUAAAAACCACCCCAUUUUUGGAAAGGACCUGGUGGAGUCAUGGAAGCAAGACGGAUGUGCAAUUGAGUACCGACCCUCUCAGGAGAGGGAUGAUGGCACCGUUGAGAAGUUGCUCCUCUGUUUGCAGACCCCAUGGCAGAAGAGGCUUUUGGUGUUGUAUGGGCAACAAAUGUGCUUGCUCGAUGCAACGUAUCGUACAAGCAAGUAUUCAGUACCCCUCUUCUUCCUCUGUGUGAGGACUAAUGUAAAUUACAUUGUGGUUGGAGUCUUCGUCACACAGUCUGAAAAGAAGGAGGACAUCAGAGAGGCAUUGGAGGUGUUCAAAAAGUGGAAUGCAGACUGGAAACCGUCCCACUUCAUGGUCGAUUUCUGUGAGGCAGAAAUUGGGGCUCUCGAAGAGGUGUUCAUGGAUUCCAAAGUGUUCCUCUGCGAUUUUCACCGGGAGAAAGCGUGGGUGGAAUGGACAAGAAAAAAGGAUCAUGGAGUGACAUGUGAGGAGGAAGUUUUGAAAAUGCUUCGGGCCAUCGCAGACUCUGGGACAGUUGAAGAAUUUGAAAACAGCACGCUCUUCCUCAGACAACACUCUGCCUGGCAGACAAAUGAGAGGCUGAGAAGAUGGUUCUCCACCAAAUGGCUUAGCCAAGCAGAGAGAUGGGUUAAUGCAUUCAAGAAUGAAGACCUGAGAGUGGCUCUCUAUACAAACAAUGGAAUUGAGAGACAAAAUGAAACACUCAAUCACUUGUACCUGAAGGGCUACAAGAACUGCAGUCUCAGUGACACCAUCACUGUCAUUGUGCAGGAUUUCCUGCCAAGAUCUUAUCAAAGAUACAUUGAAUUUAACGCCAAAUGUUCAAGUGACUACCGGGUGUACAGCCAAAAUGUGCCGCCGUACCUCAGAGACAAACCAAGAAUUGUGGCUGAGCACAUCAUGACAAGGCACCAGGAGUCACUGAUAUUCACAGAGGGCCAAGUGACAUCUGCAGGGGAGGCCAGCUUUAAAGUCAACAGUCAGACAACACCACAACAGUACAGUGUGUCCUUUGGAUCAGAGAGUCGGAUGCCAUCAUGUACAUGUAAAGACUGGCAGGAAAACCUGCUCCCAUGUAAGCACUUUUGUGCAGUGUUCAACCUGGUACCGGGCUGGAGUUGGGAUAGUCUGUGCCUCGCCUACAGAGAGAAUCCUCUGUUUAUGCUCGAUGAGGUGUGCCUGGGGCACUCUGUUGACGGCUCAGAUACCUCUGUACCAUCAUAUGCAGGCUGCCACUCCACAGUGACCAAACCCUCCAACUCUGAGCAACAAACCCAUGCAGGUUUCCACUCUCCAGAAUCAUCCUCCAGCUCCACAGUCCUCACCAACCCCAGAACAAAAGCACAGAAGCGGCAGAGGUGUGACAGUCUGUUAAAAGAAUUGGCAGACAAGGUCUACCACCUCCAAGACGGAAGCUACAUGGACAGGGUGAUAGAGAAAUUAGAGGACCUUCUGGAGGACGUCAGACAACAUACUCCGCAUCAUGGCCCCUUUGCCCUGUCAUAUACACCCCCAGUUAAGAGAGGUUGCUCUGAGGCUGCAGAGCACCAAAGGCCUCUGAAAAAGAACCGGCAAAAACUGCGAUUACCUGGCAGAGUUGGGCGUCGUGCAGAGAUGGCUAGAAAGAUGCAUAAAUCAAUUAAUCUAUAAUAACAAUAAUGUUACAUGUUGUAACAUUAGCCUGUCAAAAGCCUGUGGCCAUAUGUAAGAUGUUUCACAGUAUUUUUUGUGGACUUGUUUAAUUACCUCAUUGCUGUUCUCAUUUUGUACAAACUUUGUCACAUUUGUAUUAAUGUUAUGUUAACGAUGUGGGGGAGAUAUUAAAUAUCAAAUUAUCAAAUAA